UUUUUGACUGUUGGUGCCCUUAGUGACUACCACAGUCAUCCCGAAGUCCUGGAGUCUCCUGAGCGCUGCCCGCCUCUACGCCGUGAAAGGAAGACGAAAACCCUGAACCCCGUGGCCAGGACUGGACACACGCCAUGAGCUCCCCAGAUGAGCAUCUGACCAAACGGGAUGCCUGGGGCCUCCACAGAUUCCCGACGCCAGAAAGCUGUCCAGAUGUUACCACUCUUUGGGAGGAUGUAGAGGCAGGGCCCAGUGGUGGAGGCGCACGUGCCCAGAGCUGCGCAGAACAACGGCAGGCUGCUGCCCUGUCCCCCAUCACCGGACCUGAGGGUGGUGGAGACUGGAGGGAUCUGAAAACAGACCCUAGAAGUAGGUCAAAAGUCAGCGUGGAGGACAUGCAGCUCUCCUCAGAAAGCCAGGCCGGGCAGCUUUCUGAUUCUGAGUUAUCUGAUGAGAGUGACAUCCAGGUGAUGAGAGUGAGCUUUUUCACCAAACAGCGAGGCCAGGCGUGGCCUAGCAGCUCCGAAGAACCUGAAGACACAUCACAUUCAAAACACAAUGUUGAGGACAAUUUAUCCCAUGAACCAGGCCCUGUCUCAACUCUUGCUCCCCAAGGGUUCACUUCAGGCAAGGAAAGGCAGGCCAUUAGAGAGCUGGCCAUGCCCUCCUGCAAGAAAACACAAAAUGUGGGCAGUGGAAAGGGAAGGAGCAAGUCCAGCCACUCCGGGACUGCUGCUUCAGGAGGCCUUCCCCGGGGCCCUACUAGGCAGAAGGUGGCACGGGAGAAGAAAACUCCAGGGGGUGCCUCAGCAGUUGACUCUGGGAGAAUCUUUCCUUCGUGGGGACAGAGAUGCUCGAUACCUCCCAUGGAAUCACCCAGUUUGCCUGCAGUCACUGGAGUGUCUCUGCUUGGGAAGUCCAAGAAAUACCCCUGCCUCCCUUCGGGACCCAGACACUCCAAGGCCAGCAGCACUGGGAAGAAAUCUUUGGCAAGGAGAAAGAGAGUGUCCCAGCCUGUGAAGGGAGAAGUUAAUGAACCAAAUAGAGAUGCGGUCCCCGGGGUCCAGAAGCCAAGGCCAACCUGCCGACGCAUGCAUCAUGAACAAGUCACAAGUGGGGACCCCAAUGCCAGAGCACCUGAAUUUCCAGAAAACGCACAGUCUUUGGUCCUAAGCCAGGGAGUCAGGCGCAGGAGUCCUGUACCAUCAGGCAACCAGGAGCCAUCUGUGUCCCUCCCGGGACCAGAAAUGCAACAGCAGCCACCUGAGGCCCCGGGUUGCCCUGGGUGUGUCAGCCUUCGGAAGGAACGAGACGACCUGAAGGAGCAGCUAGCCGUCAUGCAGUCCCUACUUGACAAGUUCCAGGCCCUCUGA